GACGUCAUUAGACUGCGCAUAAAAGCGAGCGUUCCAGACAGGGAGCCACAGUCAACAACAGAAGCGGAUUCAACAUGAACGGAAAGGUACUAAUUGCAUUGGCUUUGGUCGCCGUGACUGCCGCCGAUAAGCUCCCAGCUUACUCUUACUCUGCACCACAGGGAUCUUUCGAAGACUCAGUGGAGUAUGAUGAUGCCAAGUACGACUUCAACUGGGCAGUGAAGGACGACGACUCCGGUAACGACUUCGGCCACCAGGAGUCCCGCGACGGCGACAACACUCAGGGAUCGUAUUACGUGCAGCUCCCCGACGGCCGCCUGCAGAAGGUGACGUACUACGUGGACGGCGACAACGGAUACGUUGCCGACGUGACGUACGAGGGCGAGGCUCGCUAUGACUCGGUGGAGUCUCGCGAAUACGUCCCACCUAGGCCUGUGUACUCCGCCCCCGAGUCCCAGGAGUCAGUUGAGACUCCCGUGUACAGCCCACCACGACCCCAGUAUGCCGCCCCCAGGCGCUCUUACGGCUUCCCUCAGUAAGAAGAACAACGAAGCCUGAUGACAAUUGCGUCGAAUAGAAUAUAUCUAUUUAUUUAUGGACAUUAAUUACAUUAAAAUCUCAAUCAAGUGCUUUAUUAUUUUAACUUCCUAUGAAUGU